GGGGGUGGGGAGAAAAUACAAGGAAAUACAUUGAAUAGGAAAACUAAUGGUGGGGAAACUUCAUCAGAUAUGCUGCUAUCAUACAGUAAUUGGAUGUUUUCAACCAUAAGAGUUUAUCGGUUUUGUAGUUCUUGCAAUAGAUUUAAUUAGAAGUGUCAAUCACUGAAUUUUCUCACCUCAUAACAACUUAGCCAUGAAAAUAAAGGGAGAAAGGGAUAUGAAAACUCAUAGCUUCUGAAAUCUGAUUCUGUUUCUUCCUAGUUUCCUUAGCGUGGGAUUAUCCCCAUCUGCAUAUUAUAUGAAUGGAGUCUACACAGAAAAGUCUCACUGCUCUGCUGUCCCUUGGAAGGUCUUGAUUUGGUGAGUCAAUUUUCCUGUUCAUAGGGAUGUUCAAAAACCAGUACUGAACCACUUCUUGAGCAAGAGAAGAUAGAGCUGAAGCUUGAAAAAUGACAUCUUGCUAUUUUGGUUGCAUUUAUAAGUAGCAGAAUUUGCUCUAAGGCCUGGUAUAUUCGAAUGGCUUGUGAGCUGAGGAGUUCUUGCAUUUGUUGCAAGUUCACUAGGUGACUUUAGCCAAGCGGAUUUUUAUUUAUUUAAAGCAUUUUUAUCCCACUCUUCAGCCAAAAGGGCUCCCAGAGUAGCUUAGAACUAGAAAACAGUCUCACCCACAGACCUACAAUCCAAAACAGGGAAGGGGAGCUUUUCAGCCCAAGGGCCACGUUCUCCUCUGUGUGAACCUCAUGCCAGUGGUGGGCAGGGCCAGAGACAAAAACGAGCAGGGCAAUGAAUGUGAAUUUUACCUUUGUACCAGUAGGUUAGUUUCUACACACUUGCACACCCCUCCCUUUCUUAUCUAGGACCAGGUAGAGAGGCCCGAGGUUCCCUGUCCUUGAUCUAAAAAUACAUGGCACAGAAGGCAGAGAUUGAGAGGGCGGAGGAAUUAAAAAAAGGAAAAUUCCACUAAUUCUUAAAUUCCUGAAUCCCUUUGGGGUGGAGCUCCACUGAAUAAUUGGUACCCACGUUGGAUUAUCUGAAAUACGGCUUUUUAAAAGUUAAGCUGAAUUUUGUGCAUAUAUUGUCACAAUUUUCAUCUUUGGGCCUGAAUCUUUUAAGUAUUGAUUAAAAGAAGGCAGUUCCCUUAUAUGGCUGAUCUUUGUGUGUGGUGUCUGCAUGGUUUUGGAGUAAGACCAAGUGUGAUUCUUUAUUGCAUCUGUUAAUUUAAUCCUUGAAUGACACAUGAGUAAAGCAAGAGACUAGAAUACUGUUAAUGCCAUAUAGGACUCCCCAAUGAAGCCUUUGGUAUGAGGGAUGUCAGCCUUUUUCUGUUUCAGGGACUCCAAAUCUUCAAGGAGCAAGUUCAAGUACGUAUUAUAUUGGCAAGAUUUGGUUUAUUUGAAGAAUACAUUUCUUAAAUUUGGUGGUGAAACAUUUGGGCUUAAAAUACAUUUUUUGGUUUCUUAUGCUUUUAGUUUUUUAUUGGCUUAUUCAGGGGCCAGUUUUUAAUUUAGAGACAGUGUUGGAUUUGAAUGGGAGAUGCAUUGAAAUCUUUUUCACAGCUAUAGUCAUAUUUCUUGUAAUGUGCUUGCAAUGUACUUGUGAAGAAGAAAUUUAUCACACUCUACUGAAACAUUCAGUAGGCCUUGACCUGGGGUCGUAUUUCAGAAGCAUCUAUCUUUAAGUUAGUUUUUAUGCAUUUAAGAGGUGGAUAUGGUCUCUAAAUUAUAGCUUAUUCCUAAUCAUUAGUAUUUUCUAGCACACCAAAUUCUGCAAAAAAAUAAAAGAAAUCAAGAAUUCGGGGUGCAUAUAGCUCCUAAUUACAUUGCUUAGCAUGUAAAGCACCUUUCUAUCAGAGGAUCUUAGCACAGGCAUCCCCAAACUUCGGCCCUCCAGAUGUUUUGGACUACAAUUCCCAUAAUCCCUGACCACUGCUCCUCUUAGCUAGGGAUCAUGGGAGUUGUAGGCCAAAACAUCUGGAGGGCCACAGUUUGGGGAUGCCUGUCUUAGCAGGUAUAUAUAUUCAACUUUUGUGUGGUAUUAGACCAGGCAUCCCCAAACUUCGGCCCUCCAGAUGUUUUGGACUACAAUUCCCAUCUUCCCCAACCACUGGUCCUGUUAGCUAGGGAUCAUGGGAAUUGUAGGCCAAAACAUCUGGAGGGCCACAGUUUGGGGAUGCCUGUAUUAGACAAACGUGAAAGAACUCAUUACCCACUUUAUGUAUGUUGGGAAGCUACAUUCUUAAGCCUAGAUCAAACAGUUUUUCUGUAGUGCCUCAGACACACGUGUGUUGGUGAAGAGCUUUACAGGGUUCCUUCCUCUUUAACAAAAGUCCUUGAAAAUUCAUAUUAGCUGAUAAUUCAUUAUUUGGUCACUAGAGGGAGCUAAAAUACCAUUUUGAAAGUUAACAUAAUAAACAAAGGGCUUCUUUGUGUAAAUAUCAAAUAACUUUAGUCUUAGCCUGAAAGCCUUGUUUGCUGCAUUUGUAUAAUGCCCAGACAAUACCCUAUUUUUGCAAAUUUGUUUUGAUGUUAUCUAGGGUUUGAUCAAAAUCUAUCCUUGAAACAGGUGCCACAGGACUUUGUAGCGGUGAAGUGAUUUUGUCACCAUGUUUACACUGUCAGCGGGGGGAGGACUUCCUACUGUGCCUGCCUUGAGUAUGCCUGAACGCAAAACUGAACUUGCCAUCGUGGAAGAACAUCAACAUCUACAUUGCGUCAACUGUGUUAGUCGGCGCUGUAUGACCAGACCAGAGGCUGGCAUUUCCUGUGAUUUGAUUGGUUGCCCUUUGGUUUGUGGAGCAGUAUUUCAUUCAUGCAAAGCUGCAGAGCAUCGCCUUUUAUGCCCACUUGAAAGAGUGCCUUGUCUCAACAGUGGCUUUGGCUGUCCAUUUACUGUAGCCCGAAACAAAAUUGCUGAACAUCUAGAAAUUUGCCCUGCAAGUGUGGUAUGCUGCACUAUGGAGUGGAACAGAUGGCCUGUCAGUUAUGCAGAUAGAAAAUCUUAUGAAAAUCUUAGUAAAGAUGUUGAUGAGGUUGAACAGUUAGACAUGGCUCUUGCCCUUCAGGAUCAACGAAUGCUCCUUGAAUCUCUCAAAGUAGCAACUAUGACAUCGAAAACAGGUGAUGAGGUGGUAAAAUCCAGAGAACAGACUUCUGUUGCAGGUGCCCCAGAUGCUGCACUUUCAAAUGGCUUGAUGCCUGUUGAUGAAGAGUCUUAUGGUGCACUUUAUCAAGCUACUGUGGAAACGACAAAGAGUUUAGCUACAGCUCUAGAUAUCCUGAACACUGCUACUAGAGACAUAAGCAUGUUAAGCUCAAAGCUUGGCAUUUCACCACCUAAAACAAGUGAAGAUUUUCAGCCAAAAGAGCAAAAUUGUAGUAGAAUGCAUAAAGUAGAACUUGACUGUCUAGAUGAAGAUAACAUGGGAGCAGUUGGUGGUAUUCACUUGGAUAUCUUGAAUCAAAAAGCACAGUUGGAACAAAAUGGCUCAAGUGACAUUUGUUACGACACCAUGCAACAGUACAAUUUGAAUAUGGGUCUUGAUACCUCUUUAUGUAAUGGCUUUCAUGCAGACGAUACAGGCGCGGAUACACUGCAACAGAGUAAAGAACUUGGUAUGUGUAAUUCUGACCAAUCUAAUGUAGCAAAUGGUGUAUGUAAUGCUUCUCAUGUUGAAGCAUUGGGUUUUUGCAGCCCUAUUCCUGUAGCAACACAACUUAAGGAAGAAUUACCUCUCCACAGUUUGUCUAACGGCACUGUUAAUCAUGUAUAUCUGCCACAGUACUGUAAUGAAGAACUGAUACAGAAACAAAUUGAUCAGGACAGACUGAGAAGCAUAGAUGUAUUUUCUUUAAUUCCUCACCGUAACUACAAUUUCCUUGCAAAUCACUACAUAUCUGCACCAAAGGAAGACAAAGCAGUGGAUACAUCAGAUUUGGAAAUAACAGAAGAUCCUAUGGGUCUUCAUGGAAUAGAUUUAAUCACAGCAGCAUUACUGUUUUGUCUUGGAGACUCUCCCGGUGGUAGGGGAAUAUCCGAUAGUCGUGUUAUUGACGGAUACCGUGUUGAUUUUGGGACGCAGACGUUUUCUCUCCCUUCUGCAAUUCUGGCCACAAAUACAAUGGUAGGGGAGAUUGCUUCAGCCUCUGCAUGCGAUCAUGCAAAUCCACAGCUCUCAAAUCCAAGCCCUUUUCAGACUCUUGGGCUAGAUUUGGUGCUAGAAUGUGUGGCUAGAUACCAAACAAAGCGUUCAAUGUUUACAUUUGUUUGUGGACAAUUGUUUAGACGAAAUGAAUUUCCUUCGCAUUUUAAGAAUGUACAUGGUGACAUUCAUGCUGGCCUCAAUGGCUGGAUGGAGCAGAGGUGUCCUCUGGCGUAUUAUGGAUGUACAUAUUCUCAACGCAGAUUCUGUCCUUCAACGCAAGGGGCAAAGAUUAUUCAUGAUCGGCACCUUCGGUCAUUUGGGGUUCAGCCAUGUAUAUCUACUGUGCUGACAGAGCCUGAUAAGAGAUGCUGUUUAGGACUGCGUAGUGACCACCUGAGUAAUCUUCCUUUUGAAGUUCUACAACACAUUGCAGGUUUUCUAGAUGGUUUUAGUUUAUGUCAGCUUUCACGAGUGUCGCGAUUAAUGAGGGAUGUGUGCGGAAGUUUAUUACAGGCACGAGGAAUGGUCAUACUGCUGUGGGAAAAGAGGACAUAUCCAGAUGGAAGUUCUUCGUGGCAAAUAAAAGAAAAGGUGUGGCGAUUCAGCACAGCUUUUUGUACUGUAAACGAAUGGAAAUUUGCUGACAUUGUAAGCAUGGCUGACCACUUGAAGAAAUGCAGUUAUAAUGCUGUAGAGAGACGGGAGGAAGCUGUACCACUACCGUGUAUGUGUGUCACACGAGAACUUACAAAAGAAGGACGGUCAUUGCGCUCUGUCUUGAAACCUGUACUUUAAACACGAAGAAUUGACUCCAAUUGCACAUACACUCAAGCACCUGAUGUAACCUCUAUGUAAUACUUUGUGACACUUUAUUAAUUUACUAAAUACAAUUUCUAGAUAAAUCUACUCUGUCAUGUACAUAAAUUUUUGAAGUGGCAUUUAUUUUUUAUAAUACAGUCUGGUUAGAAUUAAUGAAAGUUGCCUUAAUGUUUGAAACAAUGGAACUUGCUGGACAGAGUAGUUUCUAUAAAACUCCUAUCUGUAAACUUUUUAUUAAGGAUUUCUCUGACUUACGGUUCUGUUUCUUUUUAUUCACUUCUAGAGGUAUGCAAAUUCAGACAGGAACAAUUGUAUAAACAGGAAUCUGACCAAACUGCAUAUAUUUGGUCUCUGCAAAUAAGGAUACAAGUGAGCUGAAUGCUACACAGCAUUUAGCAGUGCAUAUUUUGAACAAUCUUUUCCAUUUUUGAAAGAUUGCUGUGCUCAUUUAAGCUGAUUCAGUGGUAUGUAACACUGUUUCUAGUUAAGUUUCUAGUUAAGGAGACUUAUAUAGGUUGGGUGCUUUUGGUGUUGAUGCAAGUAAGUAAGGGGCGCAAUCAAAGCUCUUUGAAGUCCGUUAACGAACUCCUGAUUUUAAUGAAGCAGAAUUCCUUUUAAUGACACUUUUUCUUGAUGGUCAACAAAGGCUGCUGCAAAUAAAAGUCUGAUGUAGGGCUGGGGAACCUUUAGCCCUCCAGAUGUUCCUGCACUCCAGUUCCCAUCAGAACUAGCCAGCAAGGCCAGAAAUCAGGGAUGAUGGAAAUUGCAGUUCAGCCAAAGGUUCCCCAGCUCUGGUGUAAUGGAACAAAAGUUAAUUUUAUUUCAGACUUCAAUGUAUACCUAGACUAGCAUUUUGAAUUAAUAAAUUUUCUCCCAUCUUCUGUUGGCAAAGAUUGAUAAAAGGUGAACUUGAAUAAAAUUCAUGUUGCUUGUUGUAAAUUAGCUAAAAAUGAUCCACAAUUUUUAAUUCAUUGAUCUAAUGAAGGGCUUGUUUUGUGGUAUCAAUGUAAUACAUUUUAUUGUUAACAUGUCUACAAAUGUACUAGUUGCUUCCAGGCUAUUUUAAAUUGCAUAGGACUCUUGAUUCUGAGCACACUUUGAAGUUGGUUCCACUGAAAUAUGGAAUUUGCUUCUAAACAAAUGCUUUUAGGCUAGAGGUGUCAUGCCAUCUUUAUAAGAUGAAAACCUGUUCAUUGCAAACAGCAUAUCUUAAAUGCAUGUUCAUCUUUAUCAUGACUCCAUCGUUUUCCAGUCUUCCAUAAUGAGGACAUUGUGUUGAAUGUUUACUGUAAUUAUAAGAAUGCCUUUAACUAUACUACCAUAACUCUCUUUAUACCAUACUGCUAGUUUGAGCUUGUGCCAUAGACGAAAACCAAGAUUGUAUUAAUAGGGUGUUUCCAUUUUGAAAAAAGAUGGCUACAUUAGAAGUGUUUAUAAUGAAAUCAUUUAAGUACUUGAUCCAAGAGUUCAUACAUUCAGCAUAUAUGACUCCAAUCUGGGAAAUAAUUGCCUUUUUCAUCACAAGUUGCCCCAUUUUUUGAAAAACAAACCUCAGCAUCAUUCUCUUGUGCCAUAUAUUGAUACCAUUAAGGAACACGAAUGCUUGCUCUACAUGGCUUUUGGUAAUGCAUGGACCUUGGGAUCAGUUAACUUUUUCUCACAAAGCUGCCUUUCUCUUUGAAGGGUCUAAAGAAUUUUCAUUUAAUCCUGCAUAAUUUUUCUUCAAUCAAUAGAACACUUCUAAUUUUAGUUGUUUUAAUACCUGAGAAGGGGACAUCAUUAUGAGCAUUCAAGUAUACUGCUCUUACAACCAAUAAACCUCUAGUACCCAGGUAUAGACAUUUUCUUCAAGAAUCUGUGGGAAGUUGCCAUUCUCCAAAACAGAGAUGUCAGCCCAGGAACAACCAAGAAUGUCCAUUCCACAGUUUUUACAAGAUACUUCCGUAUACACUAAUCUUUAACCAUCAAAUAUCUCACCAGUGUGUACUUAAGUAUUAACUGUGGGGGUUUUUUUGGCGGGGGGGGGGGGUUAAAUACAGAGAUAGGCAAAAAUAUGCCUCGGCCUCUUUGAGACACAUUGUAACCCAAGGCCUUUUACAAUAGAAGGCUCCCUAGCUCCAAAUUGAUUGUACCUGUGAGGAAAAUUGAUUCAUUUUUCCACAUUUAGCUUUUUGAACACUUCAUUCUCAAUACUGUGCACUUUUACUUUGAAAUUUAGAUACUGUGGUUUUUUUAAAAACUUUAAUCCAGAGCUAUUAAAACAUUUAAUGCUAAAUAA